AUGGGAUCUUUACCACUUAAUCCUGAUGUCCUGAUCGUCGGCGCGGGUCCUGUAGGACUCUUUGCCGCUUUACGUCUAGGUCAAGUGGGUGUUAGCGUCACUAUACUGGAGAAAGACAGCGGGCUCUCUCAGCUUCCGAAGGCCUGCAUGUUUUAUCCUCAACCUCAGUUUGCUCUAGCAGAAGCCGGAAUCUGGGACGCCAUCAUCAAAGGUGGCGGUUUCCGAAGUACUGGCCUUGACAUCCGUCUACCUCCCGUUUCUGACGGGGAGGGCGGGAAAAAACCUGGCAACAUUGUAGGGUCAUUCCCGAAAGACCCAAAGCACGACCCAAUCGGCCCGCCAGUCAGGCCUCCAGCAAUCAGCAUGCUCAACAUGGCGCAACCGGAGCUCACCAAAGUCUUGAUGGAAAAGGCAACUGAGACAGGACGGGUCCAAGUUCUUUUUAAUAAGGAGCUGGUUUCCAUCCUCAAAGAUGGCACCGACGGAUCCGAAGUCGUUACGAUAGCAGUCAAAGACGUCAAAACCGAGCAAGUGGAGGAGCACACUGCUUCGUUUCUUGUGGGCUCAGAUGGUGGCAGGUCCAAGACUAGGUCCUUGCUCGGAAUAUCCUUUCCUGGACACACUUGGCCCGAGAAGCUCAUUGCGACAGAUGUCUGGCUGCAAAACACAGAAGAUAGCCCCGUCACGACAACACUCUUGAUGGAGCCGGUACAUUACACCAUCAUCACUCCCCUUACACCACCCGCGAAAGGCGAGGUGACGAAGUGGAGACUUACUUUCGCAGUUGAUCCCGAAGAGCUCAAGACCAAGACCGAGGCAGAGCUCCUUUCUGAAGAGUACAUCUCACACCAUUACGAGCGCGCUUGGGCUGGACCACGUCCUUUGACAUACAAGAUCGACAGAGCAGCGACGUACACUAUCCACCAGCGUUUGGCGUCCAACCUGAGGCGAGGGAGAUGCCUUUUGGCUGGUGACGCCGCACAUGUGAACAAUGUUAUCGGCGGCUUGGGUCUGAGCAAUUGCCUAAUGGAAUCUGUUGCUCUCAGCGAUGCUCUCAUCCUGGUCUUGAAAGAAGGCAAACCUGUCGACCCGAUCUUGACGAUGUACUCGGAUGAGCGACGUCAGGUCUUCCAAUUCUUCAUUGAUCCAGUUUCUUCCUGGAGCAAAUUGCGAAUCCAAGCCGGGGAGCAAGAUGACUGGUUCUUCCGUUGCUUGAGUGAUACUUCAAGCCCGUCAUUCGCACGAUGGGUCGACAUGAUGGAGAACUUCUGGCCGACAAGAAUAAGAGACAUGGCCAAAGCAUUCUAAUGGGCCUAACGCUCAUUAGCCCUGGGCUGUUGGGCGUCAACGCAAGCUUGUAGCCACGCUCACUUUGUAUACUCCCUUCUUGAGGAUCGCAUCGUGUUGGGUCCAAGUGAUGCUGUGUACGCGUACACCAUUCGAAUGCAAUGUCUGCCUUCCAAUCGCUCUAGAUCCACCUUAUUUGUG